AUGGCUGGUGUUUUCCAAAACGUGUUUGGCGGCGGCGCCUCUUCAGGCGCCGUCGAGAGUGAUGACGAUUUUGCCGAUUUCGCCGGUGUCCCCAAUCCUUCACCUGCAAGCUCGACAGCCGGACAGUCUGCCCCAGCGGCCGCCGUCACAGGAGCCAGCACCGUCCCAUACACUGCAUGGUAUCGCGUAUGGGAAAGAGUCACCCCUCAAGACUUCCUACAAGAAGCAUUCAUCCUCCCCUUUUUGCUUAUCCUCCUCGGAUUCCAUUUCUGGGGCACGCGCAAAAACAAGAGCAAGGCCAAAGCAUGGGCAAUCGCGCACGCACCCGUUGUCGAAAGCGAAUUCGCCGUUGUGGGUUUCGGCAGUGUCGGCAGGGGUUCUUCUGUUAAAGGUGUUCAGUCCGAAUUGGUUGAUCCCGAGAAGAUGUUGAAGGAGAAAUCCAAGCAGGAAUAUCAAUCGUACGCGACCGGUCGUCAGAAUGUUGCUUUCCUUGAUGUUUCCAUCAAGCUUGUCAAGCGCUACAAUCCCAUUGUAUUUAUUAUGGAUAAUGCAUUGGGAUUAUUCUUUGAGAGCUUCCCCCAACCAGUGGAGAGAGUGGAAUCUACUCUGUACACUUUUGAUGGCAAGGAAAAGGAGAUUGUCCCUACACCGGGUGGUGGUGAUGCCUCCUCUCUCAAGGUAUCCAAUUCGACCUACGACGGAUUUAUCUGGGCUGUUGUGCAUAAGAACGUUAUGCGCCAGCUUCGUCAGGACCGUUACGAUGCCUCUAUGACUUUUACCAAGGACAACGCCAAGCUACCCAACUGGGUUACUGUGAUGACCGAGAGUGCCGAGAUCACUGAAUUCUUGUUGACUCCGCAAUUGAUUAAUGCUAUUGAGGAGGCUGGCGAUGCAUUUGAGUACUUGAUCAUUACCGAUCAACCAAUUGACAAACCGUUGAAAAUCGAAGAAGCCACCCCCAAGAAGCGUAUCCAACUCUCUCUCAGCAUCCCCUCCAACGGCUACGCAUCCACCCUAUCUCUCUACAGCUACUUCCUCCGUCUCCCCGACACACUGGUCUCAGGCGCCCACUUCCGUCCCGAGGUAACCCGCAAACUACGCAACGCCCGCGAAGAAGAGAUUCGCAAACUGCGCCGCGCAGACGAAGAAGAGAAAGCUGAAGAGCGCAAAUAUGCCGCUGAGAAACUCAAGAAGGAAGAACGUGAGCGGUUGUUGCGUGGUAUGACGGCUGAGGAGCAGAGAAAGUUUUUGGAGAGGGAGAAGGAGAAGGAGCAGCGCAAGAUGAUGAAGAAGAGUACUCGACGGGGUUGAUUAGUAGCGUAGCUGACUGGAGGAACUAAGGAUAUAAGUGAGAGGGAAGGAAUUCAUUCGUAUAUUGUUUUAAUUUACUGAUAAUUUAUUUCUCUCGGAUUGGUCUCUCCGGGAGGGUAUAGAUUGUGGUAUGGAGAUGGGCGGGUUAGGUUGCUUAAAUUCCCUUUCAUUUCGAGUACUAUAUUAUUAUUAUCAUUUACAGCCAUGUAUGAACAUUCCUUCUUGAAUGAAUGGAUUUCGACAGUAAAUUUCCAUUUUAGCUCUGGGUAUCAUAAGUCUCCUUAACGACUCAAAGCACAUUCUUUUUCCGUCACAGACUGGCUCUCUCGCUGCCCCAUAUACCAUCUCUCGUCGAUAAGUCGUCUCUCAAUAUUGAGCCAGUACUCUGCUUUCCCAUUCGCAGCUGAUUUGAGAUCGAGAUCGCCUACACGGAUGUCGAUGUUGUGCGCGAUAUCAGUGUCCAUUUUUUGACCGGCUGAAGAAGGGAUCUACAUUGAGGAGAUUAGUUUUGCAUUAACAAGGUAGAGCCAAGUUCAUUACCUUCACGAAUAU